AUGGCGGGUGCAGGUGCAGGUGCAGAUGUAGAUGCAAAUACCCUUACAGACACAGAUACAGAUCUCGAAUCCAACCAACCGCAACAGUGCAUCAUCCCUUCUCCAACCUCCCCCCUAUUCCGCACGGGAUGGGAAAUCCUCCUUCCCAGUACCGACCAUGUACGCUUCUUUGCCAGCGCUGACUGGGCUGCGUCGCCCUUGGGCCCUUUGUCAACAUGGAGCGCAGCUCUUCGUUUACAAACUCUUGCCGUCAUGUCGGACUCUCAAGCGGGUUGUCUCUAUUGGGGCCCGCAAAAAACCGCAAUAUAUAAUGAGGCGUUCGUACCUCUCGCCGGCAAAGCCCACCCAAUGCUUAUGGGACUAGCUUUCGAAAAUGUCUUCCCAGAGAUCUGGCCCCAGAUCAAAGCCGUGUUCGAGGCUUCGGAAGUUUCGGGGCUUGCAGGCGACGUCCACGAGAUAGAGUUGUUUGUUGAGCGAAACCACUUCUUGGAAGAGGCGUUCUUCACUGGUAACUUCAACCCCAUUCGAGGCUUUUCCGGCAAAAUUGAAGGAUUUCACAACGCAGUCCACGAAGUUACAAAGCAGAAAAUUACUCACCGAAGAACCACUUUGCUCAAUCGUAUAGUGAGCUCGACCAGGUUACAUAGCGAGAAUUAUCCAGCUCUUCUCAUGACAUUGCUUGCAGAAUAUGAACGAGAUAUCAGCAUGGCUCUAUUAUACGAAAUAGAUGAUGAAAGUAUUCCUAACUCUCAAAUAGUCAAUCUCCGUGGCCAGAUUGCUGUUCCCCAAGGUCACCCGAUCGCCCCGAAUAAGGCCAACCUCCAUAGUAGUGAGGAGGGAAUUGUUCCCUGUCUUCGCCAGGCCCAGGACGAAAUCAUCAACAUACCUGUAGACAACAAGUUUGCUGGUAUUCCGUGGCGGGGGUUUAGUGAAGGCAGCAGAUGCAUCAGUAUCUUACCAUUUUCAGGGGGCGGAAGACUGAUCGGCUUCCUGGUUGUAGGAGCUAACCCGCGGCGACCUAUUGACGAUGACCACCACCAAUUCAUGCGGGACUUGGCUUCAAAAGUCUCAUCGAUUGCUAAUACAGUCGUCAAUGCUGAGGAGGCGCAAAGGCGCGCUGAAAAACUCGAGAAGAAGUUGGAGGAUUCCGACAAGAAAAUCCGACACAUGGCGCAAAACGCUACAAUUGGAAUGUUACGUUUAUCAAUUGAUGGCAAGGUACUGUGGGCAAACGAUCAAUACUACGACUUAACAGGAAAAUCUAAUCAGGCAGAAGAGCGAUUCCAAUUCCUGGAUAAUUUUCUUGCUGAGGAUCGUGAGAAAGCAUUUGCAGCAUGGAACAGACUUUCUGGCGGAGAAGAAAAGGUUUCUGUCGAAUUGCGCCUGAAAAGAAUGUUCAUACCUCCAACGGGUGAGCCUGAACCAGGGUGCAUUACGUCCACGUCCUUCCCAUAUAAGGAAGAUGGCAAAACCACGUCAUUUAUGAUGUAUAUGUCUGACAUUUCAGCGUUGAAGUGGGCUGAGAAAUCAGAAGCUCGUAAAGCUGAGGACGCUUUCGAGGCAAAAAGGCAGCAAGAAGAGUUUAUAGACAUUGUUUCGCACGAGAUGAGGAACCCGCUCGCUGCCAUUCUUAUGAGCGCUGACUCGAUCACAAAGUCAAUGGCGGAAGUCAACGAACGGAAGAUUACCGAAGCUCGACUUCUUUCUGCUCUGCAUAGCAACGUCGAUUCUGCAAAUACGAUUGUCAAGUGCGCCAAUCACCAGAAGCGAAUUGUCGACGAUGUUCUUACGCUAUCUAAGCUUCAAUACAUGAUGCUUGCUAUAACACCUGAGCCCACACAAGUCCAGGAGCUCAUCGACUCAACUUUGAAGAUGUUCGAGUCUGACCUGCAAGAAAAGAAAAUUAAAGCAACAGCCUCUGCUGAAAAGGAGAAGAACAAUGCGGACUGGGUGUCUUGCGAUCCCUCCCGAUUGACACAAAUCAUCGUCAACUUCCUCACCAAUGCGAUCAAGUUUACCAAAGACGAAAGUAGACGAUAUAUUGACAUUAAGUACGGAAUCACAACAUCGGAACCACGAGCUGCCUUUCGAGGUGACAUUACAUGGGCUCCAGUUGAUUCGACGUCUCCCCCUAGAUCAUCUCACGAACGGGACCCAGGUCAGCUCAUAUAUUUGACGUUCUCAGUUGAAGACUCUGGUGUAGGCAUGGACUCGGUGGAUAUGCAGAACCUGUUCAGUCGCUUUACCCAGGCGAAUAUCAAGACCUCUAUUAAGUAUGGUGGCUCUGGCCUUGGUUUGUUCAUAUGCAAACGACUCGCCGAGAAAAUGGGUGGCGAGAUUGGCGUUGUCUCGACAAAAGGAAUCGGCAGCACGUUCGUAUUUUACAUUGAGGCACAACGCGCCGACCUAUCAGAAAACAAGCCUUUUCCCGUGAUUGAGUUCCCCUUCCCAGCACGCCCGAAGUCCUGUUCGGUGGGAGCUAAGGUUUCCACGGAGCUUGAUUUGAGCAACAUACAUGUUCUUCUCGUCGAAGACAAUGUGGUCAACCAGACGAUUCUCGCGAAACAAUUGAAAAAGGCUGGUUGCACAGUAACAAUAGCGAAUCAUGGCCUAGAAGCACUUGAGAGCUGA